AUGGGGCACGCGCCUUCGCUCCCUCAUGCCCUUCUUCCUCUUUCCCCUCGCCUUCUUCCUCUUUCCCCUCACCUUCUUUCUGUCUCCUCCUCUCUUUUGUUCGCCUCCACUCUCUGCCUUCCCUCCACUCGCUGCCUUCCCUCAACUCUCUUCCUUCCCUCCACUCUCUACCUUCCCUCCACUCUCUGCCUUCCCUCCACUCUCUGCCUUCCCUCCUCUCUUUCUUCCCUCCUGGCAGAGCCAGUGGCGGCAAUGCUGGGCAAGCUGGCGGCGUAUGGCGUGGAGCACGUACCUACCAGAGGCAACACAGUGAACGCCACCAUGCCGGCUGCCACUGACUCCGUGCUCGCCCGCUUGCAUGGACACGCCGCGGCACAAGCAAGUGGUUGUGUGGGUGAAGGACACAUGGGAGAGGGUAGGGGUCGAGCCUCACACGGACCUCAUAUCGUUCCACAUGCUGCCCUGCAGCCGGCCAUGGCACGCCAUGGCUCGAGCCCUCAUGGCCCGCCUGCCCCCGAGCUUCAUUGCUGUUCACUUCCUCUCAGAAUUUAUCGCCUUCCGACUGGCGCAGAGGCUAAAGAGGGACGGCAGGCGGGCCAAUGCGAGCAUGGUGGAGGGAUGAUGACGGGGUGCAUGCGUGCAGCGCGGGAACUCAUACAACAGGUGCAGCAGGAGCCGCACACCACCGCUGUCUUCAUUGCUGCUGACGUGCCCUUCACUGCCCGCCCGGCCACACCACAGGCAGGCAGUGAACAGGCGGGAGCCAAGCAAGGGGGAGGCAAACCUGGGGGAGGCGAGCCUGUGGGAGGGGAGCAAGGGGAAAGGGGAGAGCAGGAGGUGGUGCGGUCGGACUUGUGGGCGGAGACAACGUGGAGCUUUGGGGAGGGGGGGCGGGUGAGGGCGGCACCGCGGGACAGCCUGUGGUGUCAAGAUACUAAGGACAGCAAGACUUAG